CAACGACCAUGGCCCUCCGUUGUUUGCGUCUGCGGCCUGUUUUGUCCGCCCGGAGAACAUUCUCCACUACGAGGAUAGCUCGGUCCGAUGCUCUCUUUGUGCAUCGUGACACCCCUUACAAUAAUUCGAAGAUUCCUUUCAAGUUUACCCCUGAGAAUCUCAAGCUUGCCCAAGAAAUCAUAUCACAUUAUCCAUCCCAAUACAAGAAGGCGGCUGUCAUCCCGCUGCUUGACCUGGGACAGAGGCAAAAUAAGGGCUGGACAAGCAUCAGCGUGAUGAACUAUGUCGCGCAGCUUCUUGAUCUCCCCCCUAUGCGCGUCUAUGAAGUUGCGACAUUCUAUACUAUGUUCAAUCGGGAGCCAAUCGGGGAUAACUUCGUCCAAGUCUGCACGACUACCCCAUGCAUGCUCCGGGACGGGUACAAGAUCUUGGAUGUGAUCAAGGAUCAUCUCAAGAUCGGUGUUGGAGAGACGACCAAGGACGGCAAGUUCACGCUCGUCGAGGUGGAAUGCCAGGGUGCAUGCAGUAAUGCACCAAUGAUGGUGGUCGGUGAUGAUUUCUAUGAAGACCUUACUCCUGAGACGACCAAGAAGAUCCUGGAUGCCUUUGCCAAGGGUCAAAAGCCAAAGCCCGGUCCGCAGAGCGGACGGCAUACAAGCGAGAAUUCCGCAGGUCUCACGUCACUCACAAGCAAGCCCUAUGGACCGGGAGAGCAUUGUCUACCAGAGUUCUCCUAGACAGUUCACAAAACACACAAUGUUUACGCACAAAGUUAUACUAUCGUAAGAUCCACGACG